AAAACGAUACCAAGCGCGGGUCUUUCCCCUCCAUCUCUCUCUAGGGUUUUUGGUGUUAGCUUUAACGAGGAAAUCGAAACCCAGAAAACACUGUCCUCGUUGAAGAAACAAAAACAGAGAAAACGCAAUGGCGUUUUCGAUGUUUUCUACUCCGCAGCCACAACAACAGCAGCAGCUGUUUCAGCCUCAAGCUCAAACUUUUCAGCAGAGCAGUCCUUUUUUCCCGCAACAACAGCAACAGCAACAACAACAACAAUUGCAACUCUUCCAACCACAGCAGCAGCAACAACAACAGCAGCAACAGUUUCAGCAGCAACAGCAGCAGCAGCAGCAGCAACAGCAACAGCAACAGCAACAGCAACAACAGCAUUUGUUUCUGUUCACUAACGAUAAAACUCCGGCGAAUUAUAGUACCAAGUGGUCGGAUCUUCAUCCUGAGUCCCAGAAAAUUCUCCUUCAGAUCGAGGAGCGGAUAUUGAAGUACAGAGAUGAGAGCCAGAGGCUGGAUCAGUGUACUCGUCUUUAUGAUUCUUCAGUUUGCAAUGAUGCAUUCGAGCCUGAUGCAAGCCGAAUUGUUCAGGAACUUGGGGGAGUUAGCUCUGCCAUGGAACGACAGAAAGCUGUGCUGCAGGAGCUGAUGGCUGUUGUGAAAGAUAUGUUACGGAACACAGAGGUUGGUAUUCGUUCUUUCAUGAUGCUACGCCCAAGGUUCCUUCAUCCAAAUACUGGAGGUGCUUCAAAUGCCAUUGCUCCAUCACAAGCUCCCGGAGCGACAGCAGCAUCUGGUAUGAGUGCAACCUCUAUGGUGCCAGUUUUUGAUUUCUACAGUGGGGUUCCGAGAAAACCAUCCCCCUUUUUACAGCAAACAGUUGCCAGAUUUGAGAAGUAUCUCGGUGAGUGCCGCCAAUGGAUUGAAGAAUUAGAGCAGCUUCUCCUCUUAGGUUCUGACAGGAACUCUUUCAAUCUUGGAUACUCAUUGUUACAAUCUCUUCCGAAAGUCAUGUCAAAUGUGCAUGACUUUUUUCUUCACGUGGCUGCCAAGGUGGAGAGUAUUCAUCAGUAUAUUGAAUCCAUGAAAGCAGCUUAUCUUGCUGAUCAGCGCCAUCGAGGAGGCUAUGGGAAUGAUCCCUUUCUUGAAGCUGAUAGGCGUGAAACAGCAAGACAGGAAGCUGCUGCUAAGAGAGUACAUCCAACUUUGCAUUUGCCAACAAAUUCACAACCAUCAACACAAGUUGCAGGGUUGCUUGCCAGCUCCGGGACUCAUGGGACAUCGGCUUCCCAACAGACAUCUGCAGCGACCACAUUGGUGUCGUCAGGGAGUGGCUUGUCACUUUUUGGCACACCUACUUCUGCCCCUUCCCCUGUGUCAUCUUCUCUGUUUGCGACACCAACCACUUCUGCUCCAGUAUCCUCUCUAUUCGGAUCAUCUGGUGCUACUCCACAGACAUCCCUUUUUGGUUCUUCGUCAGGAUCUUUGUUCGGGUCUGCCUCUACUCCCUCUUUGUUUGCUAGUGGCGCUCCAGCUUUUGGUUCUACCACUCCCUCUGGAAGUUCACUAUUUUCAACACCAUUUGCUUCAGGUGCUGCAACAGGUUCUGGGGCCAGCUUUGGGGCUGCAUCAAAAUCAUCAAAACCAAAGUCUAGAACUGGUAGAAGGUAGCUUCAGUUCAGUGUUUCUGCAAAGAUCUCUCUCAAUUGAGCAAAAUCAAAUUAGCAGAUCAAAUGUGCUGUGUCAUGUCCUACCGGUUCCGCGUUAAUCCUGUGUGUUUCCAAAGAUGGCAGGGAGAUGCUGGGGGAUCGGUGUUACUGUAACAUUGUAGGGUAAAAUCUUCGGGUAAAGUGGUUGUGGAUGACUGGAUGUGAAUGUGAAUUCUUAGCCCAAAAGUUUCACCUGCAUUUGUCGGGAUAUUAGAAUAUGUUCAAUAAUCUGUUUAUCCA